ACUCGGUGUUACGUGCGCGUGCUCCUUGGUGCGGCUGGAGUCUACCUCUAUAAUGUGGACACUGCUCAUCGUCACUUGGCUCACGGCGUUGAGCUCGUCCGUCAAGUCACUAUCGGUGAACGAGGGAUUUUUAACAUCCACUAUUAUUCCUAAAGAUGAUGAUGGUUUGGAUCAAUUGACGACAGCGGAAGACGUUGGGCCCGAUAAAAAUCCUAAAGAAUUGCAUUCGAACUCUUCUGUGAAUAUUCUCACCAAUCCUGCAUUAACUGGAAAUCUGGCUAGUACUUCAAGCUCCGCCAAUAAUUAUGGUACGGACGACGUUGCGGUGUUGUUGGAAGGGCUCCCAGGAGUUGACGUCCGUGUAUCGUCAACAACUCCUGAACGGAGCAACCACAAUCAAACUCCAAAUAAAGAACGCAAAGAAAAAACUGAUCUAACUAAUUUCGUCCCAGAUUCUCCGAUUCUCAACGAAGUGGGUGUAUUCAGCAAGACUCUGGUAGCUCUGCUCUCUUCGUUAAAUCUGGUAGAACCUGCUCUUCCCCCACCAGUAUUCGAGCCGGCACAGAGCAAACAAAAUGUCUUCAAAGGCAUCACUAUCCCAACGGACGCCGUCGGCCACCCGGGAACUGCUUUUCCGCCACCAAUAAUUGAGCAAGCACAGAGCAAACAAAAUGUUAAAGGUAUAACUAUCCCAACGGUCACAGCCGGCCAACCGGUAACCAUCACAAAAGGUAUAACUAUCCCAACGGUCACAGUCGGCCAACCGGUGACCAUCACAAAAGGUGGCAGCGUGAGCUUCGCAGAGGGUCUGGCGGCGUUCCUGGCUCUCCUGGCAGCCAUCGGCGCCGGCAUUGCAGCUCUCAUCGCCUUCGUCAUCAAGCCCCUGCAAAUUGCCAACCAGAUUUUGGCUAUUAUCGCCAUUGCCCUUUUCAUUGCAUACUUCAUCGAAGAUAAACAUUACAUACCAAAAGGUUAUUUCAAAGAAGAGGAGUAUGAAGAUUAUGAUUCUUAUAACCUGGACGGAAUCUACUUGAAUACAGCUCACACUUCCGGCUAUGGGUCUAGCUACUCUGAACCAUAUAAGCAGGCAAGCGAAGGAUAUCCUCAGGCUAACAAAGGAUACUCCAAGUCAGACAAUAAAAAUGUAAUGUCGAACAAAGAAUAUUCCGACGCACACAAAAGAAAUUCCUCGCCGCACAAGGGAUCCUCAAAGUCAAACAAGAGAUACUCUGCACCAGACAAGGGAUAUUCUAAGGGGUAUCAAAGGCACGUGACUUCAACUCUCUUCCACUCGUCAACUGAGAAGACUUUCAGACGCGCCACGAAUGAGGACGCGCCGCAUACUUUGCCUGCACCUGCCGCCCCAGUCCUCAGACAGGAGAUCGAACAGCAAGCCGAUCACGAUCCUUCAAUGAAAAUAUCGACACACUUUUAUUCGGGGUCUGUCCCAGAUGACGCCGAAGUAAACCCGUACGCUGCUGUGAAUCCCUUCGGUUCUACUGCACAAAGCCGACAGGGCGCCAGUGGCAUGAACGCUGGUGCUUCAAGUCAUGUGACAGGUGAAAUACCGGGAAAAGUCGUCGACACCACUGUUGCCUCUACAAGUACGAGUGAAGGUACAGAAACUACGAAGAUGGUAGCAGAAAAAACUGUAAAAAAUUUCGUAGAUGAUACAUGGAAUCCAAAUAUUACCUUUCGCCCGAGGGCCUUGCAGGUAGAUCCAGUUUAUAAUUUAGGGAGGCCACGAUCGGAUCUGCCUCUGCCUGCCCUUCUUGGCGUUGCAGGCAGAGUAACAAGGGCAGUCAGCAAGUUCAGUGCCCUCUAUGAUCACUAACUUGGAACUGAUACGAAGUCCUUGCGCGGCAUGGUUUCAAAUUUUCUUGUUAGUUUGGUUGUAAAAAUUUUCUUUCUCACAAGCUCGUGAAUAAGACUUAACUAUCACUCGUAUCGUAGGAAAUUCGAAAAGUUCCUGUUUCGAUUGAAAAUUAAAAAACUAAAUGAUUACAUCAAAGGUAUUCAUUUAG